CCCUACCGCCCCAAGGAUGCCCUGGGCUCCGCAAUCAAGGCCGGCAUGAUCACCACCGGCGCUGGUCUUUUCGUCUCGACCAUUCAAAACACCCUCACCAAACAGAACUAUGGCUCUAUGGGCGCCUUUACCAAGUUUGGUGGCACUACCGCCGUCUACGGUGCUAUGGGAGCUGCCUACGAAUUCACCAGAUGCGCCUCGGCCAACCUUAGACAACGCGACGAUGCCUGGAACUCUUUCUGGGGUGGUCUCGCUGUCCGCACCGCUCCUGCCGUCGCUGGUUACGGAACCGCUCUCGCUGUCGUCCUCGGCACCUGGCAGUACGCCGGUGGCAAGAUCACCGGUUACGAAAUUGAUCCCACAGUCGACGAAGUGGCCCGAAAAGAAUACUUGCGCAAGAACAGAAGGAGACCAAUGGAGGAGACGCUCGAGCAGAUUGGCGAGGGACGCGGUAUGGAAAUUCUGCUUUUACGACAUGAGAAAACACACUGA